AUCUGUUGGUUUGGCGCUUUGCACUCGGUUGUGUUCCCUUCCGGAUUCCGCAGUGAGAAAAAUGUGGACAGUAAGCACUUCCCUCCACUCGCCAUCACCAUUUCUCUCUCCUCUGCUUUCCUCAAAAACCAAAACCCACCAAUCUUUCGACUUUCUCACCUUUCAGAAGAACCCAUUUCUUCCUAAUUUCCGCCGUUGCCGUUUUCUUUCCAUUUCUUCCCGCCAAAACCCCACCGGUCUGAGCACUGUGGUCAGACUCAGAGCCUCAGCUUCCAUGGCUGAAAGACAACCAAUGGAGCCUCCUUUCAACGUCCUCAUCACGGGCUCCAGUAAAGGUAUUGGAUAUGCUCUUGCCAAAGAGUUUCUAAAAGCAGGUGACAAUGUUGUCAUCUGCUCAAGAUCGGCAGAGCGAGUAGAAUCUGCUGUACAAAGCGUAAAAGAAGAAUUUGGGGAGCAGCAUGUGUGGGGUACUCGAUGCGAUGUUAGAGAAGGCCAAGAUGUCAAGGAUUUAGUUGCAUUUGCACAAAGAAACCUAGGACACAUUGAUAUAUGGAUAAAUAAUGCCGGAUCAAAUGCAUAUAGUUACAAACCACUGGCUGAGGCUUCAGAUGAAGACCUCAUUGAAGUAGUAACUACAAAUACACUCGGGUUGAUGAUUUGCUGCCGAGAGGCAAUAAAGAUGAUGCUGAACCAGCCUCGAGGGGGACAUAUUUUUAACAUAGAUGGAGCAGGUUCAGACGGAAGACCAACCCCGAGGUUUGCUGCAUAUGGGGCAACAAAACGCAGCGUGGUGCAUUUAACAAAAUCAUUGCAGGCAGAGUUGCAGAUGCAAGAUGUCAGAAAUGUUGUAGUUCAUAAUCUGUCUCCAGGAAUGGUGACCACUGAUCUUCUUAUGUCUGGUGCUACAACAAAGCAGGCCAAGUUUUUCAUCAAUGUUUUGGCCGAACCUGCUGAAGUGGUUGCAGAAUAUCUUGUUCCAAACAUAAGAUCCAUCAUUGCAAAUCGAUCCAUGAAGCCUACUUAUAUUCGGUUCCUCACUGGGUUGAAAGCCUAUUCUCAGAUAUUUUCAAGACUUGCUUUCGGUGCUAGAAGAAACAGAUAUCUGCUUGAAGAUUGAAUGGCAAGGAUAAUGCUAUGUACUCAUAGUUAAGUUUUGGUUGUAAAUGUAAAAUGCUCAACACUUUUUAAAAAAAAAAAAAAAAUUGUUAUAAAAUUAGU